CCCCUCCGUUCGUCUACCGUUCGUCCGCCUCCGCCACCGACGUGUCCGCCCGACCAGCAGUUGCGCGGCGCACCGUGACGAAUGCGAUUUCCAUCAGCCCGAUAUCUUCUCUCGGCGGGCAUACGCUCGGCACGAUACUGUAUUACAUUUUGCGAUAAAGUGCGCGCGCGUUCGUCGAUUCUCGCUCGGAACAUUGACAUCGUAAUCGCGAUCGGAUUUUCGUCCCCAGCGUCGAUCGGUUCCCCGGGCGAGUUGCUGUUGUUUUCAACAUUUUAAAUCGCCGAUGCAUGUUUCAAUGGUAUGACACUACAUAGGAAGUUUCCAUCGUACAUACCGCUAUGGUUAUAGUAACUAGAGGAGAUUAUAUUUGGAUAGAACCAAUAUCUGGAAGGGAAUUUGAUGUUGCUAUUGGCGCUAGAGUUAUUUCAGCUGAAGGAAAGCGCAUCCAAGUUAAAGAUGAUGAUGGAAGGGAACUAUGGCUUACGCCAGAGAGGCGAAUUAAAGCAAUGCAUCCUACUUCAAUUCAUGGAGUAGAGGAUAUGAUAUCUUUAGGUGAUCUACAUGAAGCAGGAAUACUGAGAAAUUUACUUAUACGAUACAAUGAAAACUUAAUAUAUACAUAUACUGGAUCAAUUUUAGUUGCAGUAAAUCCAUAUCAAAUUUUACCUAUAUACACAGCCGAACAAGUAAAGUUGUAUAAAGAUAGAAAAAUUGGUGAAUUACCUCCUCAUAUAUUUGCUAUUGGUGAUAAUAGUUAUACUCAUAUGAAAAGAUUUGGACAAGAUCAAUGUAUAGUUAUUAGUGGUGAAAGUGGAGCAGGGAAAACAGAAAGUACAAAAUUAAUUUUACAAUAUUUAGCAGCUAUUAGUGGUAAACAUUCUUGGAUUGAACAACAAAUAUUAGAAGCAAAUCCUAUACUUGAAGCCUUUGGUAAUGCUAAAACCAUUAGAAAUGAUAAUUCUUCAAGAUUUGGUAAAUACAUUGAUAUACAUUUUAAUCAAAAUGGCGUAAUUGAAGGAGCUAAAAUUGAACAAUAUCUUCUCGAAAAGUCUCGUAUCGUAUCUCAAUCUCUUGAUGAAAGAAAUUAUCACAUAUUUUAUUGUGUAUUAGCUGGUCUUUCGACUGAAGACAAAGAAAAGUUAGAACUUUCUGAUGCAUCACAAUAUAAAUAUCUCACUGGUGGUGGAAGUAUAACUUGUGAAGGACGAGAUGAUUCUGCUGAAUUUUCUGAUAUCAGAUCAGCUAUGAAAGUAUUGUUAUUUUCUGAUCAAGAAAUUUGGGAAGUACUUAAAUUAUUAGCUGCUUUACUGCACAUAGGAAAUAUAAAAUAUAAAGCUGCAAUAAUUGAUAAUUUGGAUGCCACUGAAAUUCCUGAACGUACUAAUGUUACACGAGUAGCAAAUUUAGUUGGAGUUCCUGUUCAAUCAUUAAUUGAUGCAUUAACUAGAAAAACUAUUUUUGCUCAUGGUGAAACAGUGAUUUCUACAUUAUCAAGAGAACAGUCUGUAGAUGUGAGAGAUGCAUUUGUUAAAGGGAUUUAUGGGCGUUUGUUUGUUCAUAUUGUUAGUAAAAUUAAUAAUGCAAUUUAUAAACCAAAGAGUACCAAAAGAAGUGCAAUAGGUGUUUUAGAUAUAUUUGGAUUCGAAAAUUUCCAGUCCAAUAGUUUUGAACAAUUUUGUAUCAAUUUUGCAAACGAAAAUUUACAACAAUUUUUUGUUCAACAUAUUUUUAAAUUGGAACAACAAGAAUAUAAUCAUGAACAUAUUAGUUGGCAACAUAUAGAGUUUGUUGAUAAUCAAGAUGCUCUAGACCUCAUUGCUACCAAACAACUAAAUAUCAUGGCUCUUAUUGAUGAAGAAUCAAAAUUUCCCAAAGGUACAGAUCAAACAAUGUUGGCCAAAAUGCAUAAAACACAUGGGAAUCAUAGAAACUAUUUAAAGCCUAAAUCAGAUAUGAAUGCAUCUUUUGGAUUAAAUCAUUUUGCUGGUGUAGUUUUCUAUGAUACUAGAGGAUUUCUGGAGAAAAACCGUGAUACAUUUAGUGCUGAUCUUUUACAAUUAAUUCAUAUUUCAACAAAUAAAUUUUUAAAAGUUCUAUUUGCUGAAGACAUUGGAAUGGGUUCAGAGACCAGAAAAAGGGCUCCAACAUUAUCGACUCAGUUCAAAAAGUCUUUAGAUUUACUUAUGAAAACCUUGUGUACCUGUCAACCAUUUUUCAUUCGGUGUAUCAAACCAAAUGAAUUAAAAAAACCAAUGAUGUUUGAUAGAGGUCUCUGUUGCCGGCAGCUUCGAUAUUCUGGUAUGAUGGAAACAAUUCGAAUUCGACGUGCUGGAUACCCAAUAAGACAUGGUUUUAAUGAAUUUAUUGAACGUUACCGAUUUUUAAUACCUGGGAUACCUCCUGCACACAAGACUGAUUGUAAAAAAAUGACAGCUCAUAUUUGCCAAGCUGUUUUAGGACGGUCUGAUUAUCAAUUAGGAAAUUCAAAAAUAUUCUUAAAAGAUGCUCACGAUUUAUUCUUAGAACAAGAACGUGAUAGAGUUUUAACCAAAAAGAUCAUUAUUAUUCAAAAGUCAAUUAAGGGUUGGGUAUACAGAAGAAGAUAUUUGCGUAUGCGAUCAGCUGCAGUAUUGAUCCAAAAACAUUUCCGAGGCUAUUCUCAAAAGAAAAAAUAUAAACAAAUGCUUGUUGGUUAUCUUAGAUUGCAAGCAGUAAUCAGAUCACGUGUGUUAUCUCAUAGAUUUAAACAUUUACGUGGUCAUAUUGUAGGAUUACAAGCACAAUCUAGAGGUUAUCUAGUCAGAAGAAUGUGCGCUCAUAAAAUGUGGGCUAUUGUUAAAAUACAAGCCCAUGUCAGACGAAUAAUUGCUCAAAGACGUUUUAAUAAAAUAAAAUUUGAAUUCAGAAUACAAGUUGAGGCUUUAAAAUUAAAGAAAAAGGAGGAAAAGGAACUGAAAGAAGCUGGAAAUAAGAGAGCUAAGGAAAUUGCUGAACAAAAUUACAGGGAACGCAUGGAAGAAUUAGAAAGAAAAGAACAUGAAAUUGAGGAAGAAGAAAAAAGGCAAAUGGAAAUUAAGAAAAAUCUUAUUACUAAUGCAGCAAGAAAGCUAGAUGAACCUGUUGAUGAUAGCAAACUUGUUGAAGCUAUGUUUGAUUUUCUUCCAGAUUCUAAUAAUGAAGCACCUAUGCAAACUAGAGGAACUUCUGUUUUUAUGGAUCUUCCUACUUCAAAAACUGAUGAUCAACAAGACAUUAUUACUGAUUUACAACUACAACCAGUUGAUGAUGAAGAAGAUUUAAGUGAAUUUAAGUUCCAAAAAUUUGCAGCUACGUAUUUCCAAGGAAAUAUAACUCAUCAAUGUUCAAAAAAACCUCUCAAGCAUCCUUUGCUACCAUUACAUACUCAAGGAGAUCAGUUGGCUGCCCAAGCACUUUGGAUUACCAUACUUCGAUUUUGUGGUGAUUUAAAUGAGCCACGAUAUCAUUCGAUGGAAAGAGACAAUACUUCAGUUAUGUCAAAAGUAACAGCAACAUUGGGUCGUAACUUUAUCCGUAGUAAAGAAUUUUAUGAAGCUCAAAUGAUUGGAAUGGAUCCAGAAAUUUUUUUAAAAACUAAACCUAGAUCUAUCCGUCAUAAGUUAGUAUCUCUUACUUUGAAAAGAAAAAAUAAAUUGGGAGAAGAUGUACGAAAAAGAUUACAAGAUGAUGAAUAUGCUGCUGAUAGUUAUCAAUCUUGGUUAGAUGCUCGUCCUACAUCUAAUCUUGAAAAACUCCAUUUUAUUAUUGGACAUGGUAUUUUACGAGCAGAACUUAGAGAUGAAAUAUAUUGUCAAAUUUGUAAACAACUUUCUGCAAAUCCAUCAAAAUCAUCUCAUGCCAGAGGAUGGAUUUUAUUGUCUCUUUGUGUUGGCUGUUUUGCUCCUUCUGAAAGAUUUGUGAAUUACCUGAGAGCGUUUAUAAGAGAGGGUCCUCCAGGUUAUGCUCCUUAUUGUGAAGAUCGUCUUAAGCGUACAUUUAAUAAUGGAACAAGAAAUCAACCUCCCAGUUGGUUAGAAUUACAGGCUACAAAAUCUAAAAAGCCUAUAAUGCUUCCUAUAACUUUUAUGGAUGGAAAUACAAAAACUUUGUUAGCUGAUUCUGCAACAACAGCAAGAGAACUUUGUAAUCAGCUCUCUGAUAAGAUUGGGCUGAAAGAUCAAUUUGGAUUUUCUCUUUAUAUUGCAUUAUUUGAUAAAGUGUCAUCUUUGGGAAGUGGUGGUGAUCAUGUUAUGGAUGCAAUAUCACAAUGUGAACAGUAUGCUAAAGAGCAGGGAGCUCAAGAACGCAAUGCCCCUUGGAGAUUAUUUUUCCGAAAAGAAAUUUUUGCUCCUUGGCAUGAGCCAACAGAAGAUCAAGUAGCAACUAACUUAAUAUACCAGCAAGUAGUUCGAGGUGUAAAGUUUGGUGAAUAUCGUUGUGAUAAGGAAGAGGAUUUAGCUAUGAUUGCUGCCCAACAAUAUUAUAUUGAACACAACACUGAUCUUAAUAAUGAGAGAUUAUUAAAUCUUUUGCCAAAUUAUAUUCCUGAUUACUGUUUAACAAAUGCAGAAAAAUCAAUUGAAAGGUGGAACGUUUUGAUAAUUCAAGCCUACAAAAAGAGUUAUUAUUUGAAAGAAAACGUUGCUCAUUUGAGAGUUAAAGAAGAUGUUGUGAGUUAUGCUAAAUUUAAAUGGCCAUUAUUAUUCUCCAGAUUUUACGAAGCAUACAGAAAUUCAGGUCCGAAUUUGCCAAAAAAUGAUGUAAUAAUUGCCGUUAAUUGGACUGGCGUUUAUGUUGUUGAUGACCAGGAACAAGUUUUAUUAGAGUUAUCAUUUCCUGAAAUAACUACAGUCUCUAGUCAAAAAACUACAAAAGUGUUUACUCAAACUUUUACACUUUCAACUGUGCGUGGGGAAGAAUUUACAUUUCAGAGUCCAAAUGCUGAGGAUAUCAGAGACUUGGUAGUUUAUUUUUUAGAAGGGUUGAAAAAACGAUCUACUUUUGUAAUUGGAGUUCAGGAUUAUAAAGCGCCUGGAGAAGGAACAUCGUUUUUAAAUUUUCAAAAAGGUGAUUUAAUUAUUUUGGAAGACGAAAGUACUGGAGAAACAGUUAUGACAUCUGGCUGGUGUGUUGGAUAUUGUGAGAGAACUGGUGAAAGAGGAGAUUUCCCUGCUGAAACAGUUUAUGUACUACCAACUUUAUCAAAACCACCUGUGGAUAUUUUGGCGUUGUUUAGCUUAGAAGCUGCAGAUCAUAGCCGUAAACUGUAUUCACAACCAUUAAAUGGUACAGAACCAAGAGAAAAACCUCAUAAUUUAAUGGAAUAUGCUAUUGAUCAUUUUCGAGCUCCAGCUAAACGUACAGUUUCUAAAGCAUUAACAUUAAGUUCGGCUAGACGUGCGAAUAAUGAUGAUAUGUGGAGACAUACAAGAGAACCAAUGAAACAACCAUUGUUAAGAAAACUUGCUGGGAAAGAAGAACUAGCUGAGGAAGCAUGUUUUGCAUUUGCAGCAAUGUUGAAGUAUACUGGCGAUUUACCAGCUAAAAGACGAUUGCCUAAUGAAUAUACUGAUCAAAUAUUUGACGGGCCCUUGAAACACGAAAUAUUAAGAGAUGAAAUUUACUGUCAAUUAAUGAGACAGUUGACCGAUAAUAGGAAUAGAUUAAGCGAAGAAAGAGCAUGGGAAUUAAUGUGGCUAGCAACUGGUUUAUUUGCUUGCAGCCAAAAUUUAUUGAAAGAAUUGAAUUUAUUUUUACGGACAAGACGUCAUCCCAUAUCUCAAGACUCCUUACAGAGGCUUCAAAAGACUAUUAGAAAUGGUCAAAGAAAAUAUCCACCUCAUCAAGUAGAAGUUGAAGCCAUACAACAUAAGACUACACAAAUAUUUCAUAAAGUAUUUUUCCCUGAUGACACUGAUGAAGCUUUUGAAGUUGACUCAUCAACAAGAGCAAAAGAUUUUUGUACAAAUAUUUCGCAAAGAUUGACAUUACGAUCCAGUGAGGGUUUUAGUUUGUUUGUGAAAAUUGCUGAUAAAGUAAUUUCUGUUCCCGAAGGAGAUUUUUUUUUCGACUUUGUUCGUCAUCUUACUGAUUGGAUAAAAAAAGCUAGACCCACAAGAGAUGGUGCAGCGCCGCAAUUUACUUAUCAAGUAUUUUUCAUGAAGAAAUUAUGGACAAAUACAGUACCUGGGAAAGACAGAAAUGCAGAUUUAAUAUUUCAUUUCCACCAAGAACUUCCUAAACUUUUACGUGGGUAUCACAAGUGUUCUAAAGAAGAAGCUACUAGAUUGGCUGCUUUGAUUUAUAGAGUUCGAUUUGGGGAAAGCAAGCAAGAACUACAGGCCAUACCUCAAAUGUUACGUGAACUAAUCCCUGGAGAUCUGUUAAAAGUUCAAAACUCAGCUGAGUGGAAACGAUUGAUUAUAGCGGUAUACAACCAAGAUACAGGUAUGAGUGCUGAAGACGCUAAAAUUACAUUCCUGAAAAUAAUUUAUCGGUGGCCUACAUUUGGGUCUGCUUUCUUUGAAGUGAAGCAAACCACUGAGCCAAAUUACCCAGAACUAUUAUUGAUAGCUAUCAACAAGCAUGGGAUUAGUCUAAUACAUCCACAAACAAAGGAAAUAUUAGUAACUCACCCAUUCACAAGAAUAUCAAACUGGUCAUCAGGCAAUACUUAUUUUCAUAUGACAAUUGGGAAUUUAGUCAGAGGGUCGAAGUUGUUAUGUGAAACAUCAUUGGGAUACAAAAUGGAUGACUUGCUGACUUCUUACAUAUCACUUAUGUUGUCUAAUAUGAACAAACAAAGGACAAUAAAAUAACGAUCAAAUAUUAUUGACCAAAGAACUUCUACUGAAAAACAAAAUUGAUUUUAUUUUAAUUAUCACAUGUUAUGAAUAUAAAAUUGUAUUAGCUAACCUUAGUUCAA